UUGAAAACACGUGCGUGACUCCCUGCUCAAUAAUGCUUGUGAAUAAAAUGUUUCCAACUUAAGUGAAUUAAAAAACAUAGUAAAAAUGCGGAGCUCAGGGAAUUUUAAGUCCGCAUGGCGACUACUGUCAGCAGCGGCCAUUUUGCUGCCUUCACAUCUGACAUGUCUUUCUAAUGUUAUUAUCGAUGCAUACUGGGUUUUGUACUAAUGCCUCUAUAAUUCUUAUUAAAAAUUGUGCAUUCGGACUAAGUAUCGAGUGUUUUUGAUCAUUUCAUACGACGGAGGCGAGGCUCGAAGAAAUCUGUUUGACUCACGACCUUGGCAAAGCGUACAGUAAAUAAAUAUACCACACUCGAGUAUCCAGUUAAAUUAUCCACAUACAUACACACACACACACACGCACACACACCAGCAAUAUUUUGGAGCCUAAAUUUUGAUGAGUAAAAAGUAGAGGUGUUUUAUAAACAGCGCCAAAGCUUUAACUUGGAUCGAUCAUCCCCUAGUGUUAAAGUGCCUUGCAUUUAUAAUUUGUACGAAGAAAGAAAAAAAAAGUGAACAUAACCAAAAAUCAGUGACCUGCCCCAACGUCAAAUGUUUUAAUCGAGAUGUCAAGCCAGAGGCAACUCUUAAUUUUGGCUAAAUAAUGAUUCCGUCUUUCUGUGCGCUUGAUAAUUUCCAUUUAUUCCGGUACCCAAUCUUGUGUUUGUAAAAAACCAACCGACUCAAUAUCAAUGAUACAAAAUGUGUAUUUGAACCGAAGAGAGAUCGGCUAGACUCAUGUUUUCAAGUACUGUGAUCACAGACUGAGCUGACCUUUGUUUAGUUACACAGUAAAGUAUAAAAUGCAUAGCAUGAAACUACCAUAAUUAAUAUUGGAUAUCUUCAGGGUCUAGAAAACUCAAGACAAGGAACAAAGAUGUUGCAUGGAUCGGCGUGGAUAGCCAAUGCUGAUAACGUGUUCGUUGUGCAUACAGAAAGCGCUACACAUACAGCGUAAUCCAAGACCUAGCCCAAGGAGUACGGGUGAAUUUUUUGAUCAUUUGGGGAUGCAGGUGGAACGGAGGAAAGCAGACGAAGCAUACGGCGAAGUUACCUCGCCUCCUGUGCUCAAUCAUGGACAAUAAGUUGAAGUUUUCAGACCGGCUAAAGGCUCUGCUCAAAACUGAGGCUCGCCAAGAAGUGGAUCCUUAUGUAUUCAACGAGCCAGAGCCGCUUACCGCCAUAAACAGUAGGAAUGUCAAGAACCAAUCUUCCAAGAAUUCCAAGCCCAGUCUAAACCAUAAAAUAGUUAAGAACAACAGGGCCAAAGGCAAAUGUACAAGACAGAGGAUCAAACCUGAGUCCGGAUCGGUAGCUGCCUCAAGAAUAGUGAACAGAGACAAAGAAUCCGAGGUCGACGUCGAGGGAACAGGACGGGGUCUCGAGCUCAGGUUUUCAAAUUCUAUUCAAAGGAAGCAGAGACACCUCGAAAACCUGCUUAGGUUGAAGCCGAAAAGACACAGACGAGACCACAUGCUUCUCUACUAUCCUAGAGCCGGAGACGAGAUGUCAGACAGCGAUUCAAGCGGGGAUGAAACUGCAGUAUAUCAGCGUCACUGGUUCUCUGUCGAAAAUACAAGCGGAGUGAAUAGAUCUGCCCGAUUAUCGCAGCUACGGUCUCAUCUCAGACGACGAUUGGCUCAGCUACAGAAAAGUAGACCUGAAUCGGAGAGCCAGCUGCAGGAGAAGGCUCAGUGUUUGCUAGAGGCUGCUUGGAGAGAUCCUGAGGCAACAGCUCGAGCCUUGUACGAUUCGCCAGGGAGCAGUAAAGCGGUCGAUAGUCCUCUUCUGGUCGGCACGUUGUGCGGUGUUGAAGGCUGCUGCCAGAUAUCAUUACCGUGCACCCGCCACUGCUCGCGUCACAUAAUGAUCAAUGCAGAUCAACUUCUGUUCGAGCAUUGCACGGCAAAGUUUAGCGACAACACGCAGUGCUGUAUACCGGUAUUCGACGUCGCACACGAACUACCACUUUGCCCUGAACACGCAAGAAAAAGGGACAAUUAUCAUCGCAAAGCUCAAGAGUCAAAACCGAAAAAAGCAAGGAAGAAACCGACAUCUCCGACCAUAUCGAGACCGAAGCCUAAAGCCAGACCCAAGAAACGAAAGAGACCAUCAUGCAGUAGAUCCGAGACUAAAAAUUGCGACGUUAUUCAGGAUCAGAAUCAUUACGUGAACCAGAUCAGUACCAGCGAUAAUCACACAAAGACUUUGAACAAUUUAAAUGCUCCUCAAGGUACGUCGCACUCCUCGGGCCUCAAUUUGGGCCUUGGUCUUGGGUCCCUUGGUCUUGGCACAGCGCUCAAGGCCGAUCUCGGUGAUCAUGAAGUAUUCGCCUCCCUCGACCCAGCCGAACAUGAUUUUGGCAACGUUCUCAAUAACUUGCCCGCCGACGCGUUCAAUGACUUAUUUAUUGAGAGCAGAAACGGGGAGUACGAGCCUUCAAGAGAAGAGGAAGAAGAGCUGGAGCGGGCUUUGGAAGCAGUGGAUAAGGAUGUUCGCAAUUUAGAGCGCAUGGGUCAAAGUCACGGUCUUUUAGAACCUGCUUUGCUUGCCCAGCUCAUGUCCGACAUUGCUUCGUAGCCCCCUCCACCCCUCGCACCUCAUUAACGCAACCCUGAAAUGAUUAGGUUCGCCCGUGUUCCUUAUAACGUAGAAAAAAAUGCUGUUUGUGUCUGUGCUCGAAAAAUGAAAUAUUGUACUACUAACUGUGGAUGUAUAGUUAUUACAAUUUCUGAAUAUUGUUAAAGAGUGGUAUCUAUAUUGAAUGAGUAUAACGGCUCAGUCGGAGUAGUGCGAACAAGAGGAUAGGUGUUUUAUCAUAUUUUGAGAACUUUCAAUUAUACCCAAUAAAUACAAUUAGUGAUAAAAAUUUCGUUACCAAUCUUAAGUUUACUAAAUUGUUAAUAUUGUGGGAAAUUUUUCAUUCAAAAUAUGACUAAGACGCCCUUUUGUUCUCAUUAUACCUAAUGGUUAAUUGGCAAAGAGAUAUUUCCUAAUUUUCCUUCUUUAGAAGUAAUAAUUCUUCAUCUUAUAAUCAUUAUGGAAUUGGAUCAGCUGCACCGUUGCACAGGCACACGACUGAAUUGAUAAGAAGCGUACCUCAUACACAUAACACAUCUGUUAUAUCAAUCGUGAUUCAUACAUCAAAAUGUUAUAAUUAAUAAUAUUAAUAUGAACGCAUAACGAUCGAUAUUUUCGCCAGAUCCACGCUGUAUUAUAUUCAUCUAGACAAUUAUUAAUUAUUUGUUAGUUACAAUUAAACAAUAGCAUAACAAUGAGAAAUUCAAAUGGAGUUUCGAGUUGCAAAAACUGUGAAUUGCAACCUUUGCAAACGUCCGCGCAAAGUCUUUAUCACCCGUUUAAACGAAAGAACAGGUAUUUCUUUUCUAGUUUCAUUAUUUCGAAUGGGGAUUAAACUUUCAGAAUUGUUAGAUAGUCGCUAUUUAUUUAUUGAAACACUGUAAAUCAAAUAUUUGUGUAAAUUAUUUGAUUAAAACUACACUGGCGCUAUGUCAGGAAGUUUUUGUCAAAAAAAAAAAAAAAAGAAAAGUGUACAACAAAUUGAAUAAAAUAUCACAAUUUUGAAAGAUUGUCCCUCCAGAUAUGAUUGCGGUAGUGCAACACCAUAAGGUGUAUCAAAAUAAAUUUGUUAUACGAAUUAAAUAUAUGUUGCGUGCAAGCGAAACAAACAAGUAACCAGUGAGACUCCAUAUUGGAGGUUCAAUACUGUUGUAUCCUUACUGUUAACGGUUACUGCUAUAUUUAAUUGUAUAGUCGGCAGUUAUAUUAUCAUUAAUGGGAAAUAAGAAAUGUCAAACGUGAACGUAGCACCAUUGUCCGCUGCUCCUAAUGUACCUAUAUGUUUAUGUCUUGUAACAUAUUAUAAUUACUACUCUGAUUAGGCAGUACCAAUUAUAAUAAGCAUAUUUUUUACAUCGCCUCGUAGCACUUAGUCAUAUCUUUCCCCAUUUCACACAUUUAUUUUAUACAAAGGAAAAAAAAAAAAAAAAAAGAAGAGAAAGAAAAACUAACAGCGCAUUUUCAUAAAACUAAUUCAUUGUCUCCGCACAUUAAUAAUCCCAUUUCUGACUCAUCAGUUCUAUCAUUCGUAUGCUACAAAGUAUGAAAUUAAUCUUUUUGCUUCAAUAAUUACCGACCAUAUUUUCAUCAAUUGAUUUCAAUGUACAAAAGAAUUCGUUAUUAACUGCUACAGAGGCUAAUUAUUCUGGUGCAAACUCAGGAUCCGAACGUUACAAUGGCUCGAUAGUAAAAAUUUAUAGUAAUCCAUGCCCUGAUUGUGUCUAGUUAAGCACGCAAGGCCAAAGUUUAUGACUUUGAAUAAGUAAUGCAGAACCGAUGAUACUUUCAACCCUGCACGUGUUAGUCGAACGACAAAAUCAUCAGAAGAUGAGACCAUGAUAUUUUUCAUACCGUUGAAUUGAAUCUUGAAAACAUGAUUAUAUCAAACUUAUCGUAAUCACGUUUACAAUCAUGCUUGUGGUUUUGAUGAGGCAUUGAUCUCUUGUAACUGAAUGUCCUAAAUUGACAUUGACAUAUUUUUUAUUGAAAACCAAAAACCGCUUAUGAACUGUAUACAAUAAUGAUUGAAGCUACCCUGUCUAAACAUGAAAAUUGAUUUGAUUUUUACAAUAAAGAAUUGCGUAUGCUGUUAUGGUAGAUAAUUCAACGAAUUUAGAUGUGAAAAAAUCACAUUGUAAAUUUGGAGCAAAAAAGAAGAAGGAAAUAGCCAAGUUCAUAUCGAUGUGGUAUCAAUGAGAUUUUUAAAACUAUUUUGAGUUAUUGUUCGCUGGCUUCUAUAGAGACUAUAUCGACGUAAUUCUUAUUGGAGCACUUCAUAGCUCUGGCAAUCCACUUUUUCCGCGCGACUUCUCUUGCUGCCUGACUACCCCCGUAUUUCACCGAGCCAGGUUCAACUGGAUACUCAGCAAUUAAUUCCGGAUCAUCCCCAAACGUUGGCAUACUUAUAAUUUCGUGCACCUCGUGUAAUUGCUGAAAAUAUUGAGAUUCUCCAGUUACGUUUCUCGUAGUAGCAUCGAAAUAUGUACCUGAAAGCCACAGAGUCCUAACUCCAAUUUUAAUUAGUUGAAUUGAACAAUGGGACAUUCGAUCAAAUUAUGUAUCAAUUAUACAGAUAAGAUUUUUUUAUAUCUUCAUUCCCUGCAAACGUUACAAUGUUAUUAAUAACAAACGUUAAAAAUGUUUAUUUAUUGUCGAUACGUAAAAUUGUAUCACGAUUCUCAUCUUGAUUCUCGAUUUAUUUUUUCUUCAACUAUGAAAUUUAUACUGAAAUACGUAAUCGUCACCUGAUAUUGGUUGAUGAAUUGAAUGAACAUGAAUUAAGGAGCCUCGUAAUUAUAUCGUACGACCUCUAGAGAAUGAAAAAUGUUUCCCAGAAAUAACAACAUAAAAUGGUCAACGAAACCUUUGACGAAGUUACAAUUGUAUGCUAUAACGUUGCAACAUUUUGUUCAGUAAUAAUUUCAGCUUUUAAUUUCUAAUUCUUAAACGUGGAUCUCUAAGUCACUGCCAAAUACGAUGAAAACAGUAAUAGAAUAUUACCUGUUACAGUACCUAUGCUAGUUUAGAUUCGAUAAAAAUUCUUCAUUCAUUAAACAGUUUAAUAUUAUAAGGUAUUCAUGUAUAAAUUAUUCAUCUAAUUAUGAUUAAUAUGCAUAGAAAAAUAAAUACGAGUAAUUGGAAA